UUGUGUUGAGUGGCAACAAUCAGGUAAUAAUGCGAGGAAGUUGAUUUCGAAAUUUGUUUAUAUUUCUAAUAUUAAAAUUUUUUUAAAUAUACAAUUAAAUAAUUCAGACCAGUAUCAAGAAAUUUCAAAUUGUUCUAUAUAUUUUUUGAUUAUAAAAUUUUGAAUGGGAAAUCUUCUAAGGUUAUUAUCACGGGAUGAUUCUCCAAAGUAUGAUGUUUUUGUUGACUUCGAAAAUGCUCAACCGACACAAAUGGAAGAGGAAACUUAUCGACUAGUUCAUGAUGUCCUUCAACAUUCCAAAAGAAUACUUAUUGAGCUUCAACUAUAUCAGGGAGCAGGCAAUGCAAUUAGAGAGGCAAUUGCAAAACCUCACAAUGAAGAACUUCAAUUGAGAGCUUGGGAAGCUGUUAUACCAUUAGUUCUUAAAUUAAGAGAGUUCUAUGAGUUUUCUCAAAAAUUAGAUGCCAUAGUUCCUCGUAUUUUGUGGGAGCUGAGUUCAGGGCCUUUGACACCCACUGAGCACUUAAAGAUGCAGCAAGCACUUGUUAAACAAUUUGCUGAAGUUUUGGAUUUUGUGCUAACUUUUGAUGACCUUAAAAUGACGAAUCCUGCUAUUCAAAAUGAUUUUAGCUAUUACAGAAGAACUGUAAACAGGCUUCGUUUAGCUAAUCAGGAUCCCACAGAUGAUGAAUUAGAAGUACCAAAUGAACUGGCAAAUCGAAUGUCUUUGUUUUAUGCACAUGCUACUCCAAUGUUAAAAGUAUUAAGUGAUGCAACCACCAGAUUUGUUGCAGAAAAUAAAGAUUUACCCAUUGAAAACACUACUGAAACUCUGGGAACCAUGGCAAAAGUUUGCCAAAGAAUGAUUGAAAAUCCAGAGUUUUGUUCCAGAUUUCAUCGAGAAGACACGAUACUUUUUAUUCUUAGAGUCAUGGUUGGAUUAAUUAUUCUAUAUGACCACGUACAUCCAGUUGGCGCAUUCAGUAGAAAUGCUCAUAUAGAUGUUAAGGGAUGCAUCAAAGUGUUGAAGGAUCAUCCUACAAAUGUUGUUGAAGGUCUUUUGAAUGCAUUAAGGUAUACUACAAAGCAUUUAAAUGAUGAGGCAACACCUCGGCAUAUAAAGAGCUUACUAGUCUGAGGAAAACUCUUUCCCCCUACCCUUUUAUGUGAUUCCAUGUGGAUUUUGAAAAGUAUUCUACUACUUUAGGAAAAGUAUUUACUCACACAUUUUAGAAUAUUAAGUUUAUCAGAUUUUUAAAUUAAAAGGAAGAUAAUUACUUUGCUUACUGUUUAUUCUUUAUUAUAUUUGUGAUCAUUGCUGUAUUUUUUGACUUGUAUAUUUUUUUUUAUGUAUUUCAUCACUACUUCCAAUAUAUUUCAUCAUGUAUAUGUCUCAGAGCUAUGUUUUAUUUUUUAAGAAAAAAAAUCAUGAUUAUAAAACUGACAUUUUUUAAUAGUCUUACAUGAAUGAAAUAUUAAUUGAAAUUCAUCAUAUUUAUCUUCUACUUAAAGGUAUUAAGUCAUUUGGUACAACUACGAAACUUAUGAUGCAACACUGAUUAGAAGUUAAUUUCUCUCUUCAUUUAGUUUAAAUAUAAAAAUUGAUUAUUUAGCACUAGUCUUCUUAGACAAAAAAUUUGCCUAAAUAUGGCAUAUAUUUGGCAUAAGUAUGGCACUUGUUUGCCUAAGUGUGGCACAUUGUCUUUCAAAAAGCAUUUGUGAUCUAUGAA